CACGUUUCCAUCGCGCGUUUUAGGUGUUAACACGAAGAAGAGGAAGAAGAAGAAGAGGAGGAAGAAGAAGAAGCCCAGAAACAGCAAACAAAGCAGAUUCAUCGAGAGCCAUGUCGUCGUCCGCAAUCUGCCAUCAAUUCGCGUGCUUCUCUUCAAUCAACCGCGCCAGGCUGAAUCUGCGCCGCCGAUCAGCUCCAUGCCCCAUUUUUCGCCCCAAGGUACUGGUUGUCAUGAGUGACAAUGGAAGUGGCACAUGGAUGUCAGGGUCACAGACAAAGAGCAAUCUAAGUUAUACUCUUGAUGCUUCAAGAUCUCAUAUUGAAGGGUCAGCAAAUUCCUUCACAACCUCAGAAGAAAAUUUCAAUGGCAAGGGGGAGAAUGAGCCAAAGCAAGACCAUUGUCUCACUCAGAAGAAAAGGGCAGCAAAGAUCCAUGAUUUUUGUCUUGGCAUUCCAUUUGGUGGGUUUGUUCUAAUUGGGGGGCUUGCUGGUUUUAUUUUUACAAGAAAUCCAACUACCUUAACCACUGGUGUACUCUAUGGAGGUGCUUUGCUAGCACUCAGCACUUUUAGCUUAAAGGUCUGGAGACAGGGAAAGUCAAGCUUACCAUUUAUACUGGGACAAGCAGCACUUGGUGCGGUUCUUCUUUGGAAGAAUAUGCAGACAUACUCCAUGACAAAGAAAUUGUUCCCUACAGGCUUUUAUGCUUUCAUUAGUGCUGCAAUGCUGUGCUUCUAUUCCUAUGUGGUGGUGGCUGGAGGGAACCCACCGCCUAAGAAGUUGAAAGCAUCUGACGCUGCCCUGUCAUAAUGAGAAUUUCAUCAGAAAUCCAAAGGAUGCUUUUGUUGAUUUGAACGUGAAGACUAUGCCAUGGGGAAACAGUUUACUUAUAGAAAUCGGUUCCGUUCAUAGAAGAUGUUGCUAAAAUGAAAAUUAGUGCAGAACAGUCUGUUGUUAGGCAUGAUUGUACUUCCCACAAAUAAGAACAGGUUGAUAGGUGAUGAUUGUGUAAUAUUACAUGGAUUAAUAUGAUUAACGUGCAAAUUCAUGAAAAAUAUCUUGUGUUCUUGGCUAA